AUGCAAAAACACAAAGAUAAAUCCAACACGGUCGUCAUGUUCGUGGACAGUGAUGAUGGUAAUGGUGAUGAUGGUAAUGGUGAUGAUGGUAACGGUGAUGAUGAUGGUAAAGUUGAUGAUGAUGGUAAAGGUCAUGAUGGUAAAGGUCAUGAUGGUAAAGGUCAUGAUGGUAACGGUGAUGAUGGUAAUGGUGAUGAUAACGGUGAUGAUGAUGGUAACGGUGAUGAUGGUAACGGUGAUGAUGGUAACGGUGAUGAUAACAGUGAUGAUUAUGCUGAUAACGGUGAUGAUGGUAACGGUGAUGAUGGUAACGGUGAUGAUUAUGCUGAUAACGGUGAUGAUGGUAACGGUGAUGAUGGUAACGGUGAUGAUGGUAACGGUGAUGAUGAUGGUAAAGUUGAUGAUGAUGGUAAAGGUCAUGAUGGUAAAGGUCAUGAUGGUAAAGGUCAUGAUGGUAACGGUGAUGAUGGUAAUGGUGAUGAUAACGGUGAUGAUGAUGGUAACGGUGAUGAUGGUAACGGUGAUGAUGGUAACGGUGAUGAUAACAGUGAUGAUUAUGCUGAUAACGGUGAUGAUGGUAACGGUGAUGAUGGUAACGGUGAUGAUAACAGUGAUGAUUAUGCUGAUAACGGUGAUGAUGAUGGUAACGGUGAUGAUGGUAACGGUGAUGAUGGUAACGGUGAUGAUAACAGUGAUGAUUAUGCUGAUAACGGUGAUGAUGGUAACGGUGAUGAUGGUAACGGUGAUGAUUAUGCUGAUAACGGUGAUGAUGGUAACGGUGAUGAUGGUAACGGUGAUGAUGGUUAG